AUGACACCUACAGUUGUGACGUUUAAGCUUCCGAUUGGAUGACUAAUAGCUCAUCGAACUUCAACAGAUACUAAAUAAAUCGAAAUAUAGCAAAGUUAAACAUGUUGAAGUUGUCUACCCUGACGUGAGAGGCGCCAGCACACUCUUCUUUGUUUUUGAACUCUUGGUGACCUGAGUAGGCGUGUCAUGUCAUAAGAGCUGUAGUUGCCGAUUAUUGAGUUUUAAUUAUUUCGCCUCAGCGUUAAUUUAAUUUUCUUGUGGAUUCGUGACGCGGCACGUUUGUAUUCUCCUCCAGCACCUGUGGAUUAUUUGAUUUAUCAAUGGAGAGGGAUUCUGAAGAUACCCUUAGUGGUAAAGGAAUGCCCUUUAAGGUUGUUGAUCUCACCCGUGAGCAUAGAAAAGGGGUUGUUGCCUCAAAUUUACAGGAGCUGAUUGUUAGAGCACGUGAAAAGUUGGGAAUACCUGAAACUUUACCUGUUAAAGUUGUACUGGAACAAGAUGGAACGGAAGUGGAUGAUGAUGAAUAUUUCAGUACUAUGGAACGCAAUACAAUGUUGAUGCUGUUGGUGAAUGAUGAGCGCUGGCUUCCUCCAGGAAAAAUACACAGGCAUGCCUUUCCAAAAUCUAACAAUAUUUGCAUUUCAUUCAUCAAAGCCAUCAAUGCUUAGUUCAGUGAUCAUGUACUUCAGAUAAUUUGUAGAGGAAAAUUGUAACAAUUUGAAUUUUUCAUUGUAACCUCUCUGGCACAGUUCUGUAAAAAUAAAUUUGAGUUUUACAUGGCAAUGGUGUUUUGCAAUAUUCUAAUGGGGCAAUGUGUCAUAGGCUCCGUGGUGCUGCAACAGAUGAGGUAGAUGGUGGCAGUCGUGCUCGAGAAUUGGAAAGUUUGGUAGGUCGGCUGCAGGGUGAUCUUUCUCACAUCUCAAUGCUGGGUGGAAAAGAGUUGGAACUUUUGAGUAACAUGGACCCUGAGAGUCUCACUGACAUCAUUCCUGACAGGUAAGGGGAGUGUGAGACCUGCUUGAGACACGCUGAAAAUGCACAGGGACACUGUACAAUGACCAGUAGUAGCUGUAGUGCCCAGGUUUUCAAAUGCACAUUAAAAAUUGGCUUGUAAAUAUUUUGAUUCCAUACUCUCAAGAACUGCAUGGGUUUCCCUUUCCAAAUUGAACCACAGCCAUUGUUAUUAGAAGUGCCCCUGUUCUCAUUUUCAGGGCGUUAGAGUCAUGGUUGAAGAUAUAGAACAUUGCCUGCAAUGGCAGAUCUGUAAGAGGCUCUUGCCUGUUGCAGUAGGAUAUUCCUGGUGCAGCUGAAGGAAGCAAGUGGUCGCUUUCUAUCCGAAAAACGGCAAGCUCAGGAUGCAUUGGAUUUGCUUAGACUGUACCAUAGUGCACAGCGAGAUAGCCCUGUAGCUGGGAAGAAGGAGAAAGUGUAAAAUGGGGUAUGCCCAGUGCAUUGCAAUUCCCUGGGUGGGUGUUGGGUGAGCCACCAAAACCCUUGCCCUGGCACUGCUUGGCUCUUUGCCUCUGUAGCGUCCCACACAUAUCAGCCUGGAUUUGGCUACAUUCACGUCCCUUUGUGCUAUUGUCACAACUCCCAUACGUAUGAUGUACCUUUGAAUGCUACUAUUUUGGCCAGUUGUUUGUUAAGUUCAGUUCACAUAUUUGUCCUGAUGUCCUUUGCUUACAUUGCAAAAUGUUUUUCAUUUAUUCUGUUAAAAUGUGCUUAUUUGUGAGGAUAAUAAUUUUUAACAAAUAUGAUAUUGGCGGUGGCUGCAAUGUGAGUGUCUGCCCCUGUGCUGGGUGUUUAGUAGAAACAACUGAUCUAGGCAGUAGGACAUCACCUGGACUGAGCUGCACAUUUUCCAACUGGCAUCUUGUAGCAAUAGAAGGGAUAGGGUAAACAUGAGAGUAAGUCACUUAAUCAUUGCAUUUUAGUUGUAAGUACAAUAAGGAAUUGAAUUAUUCAUCACUGAUCACUGCUGAUUGUGAAAUUGCACUUUGUAGGAGUACUAAUAAAGAAUUAGGAUAAUAAAAAUAACAUAAUAAUGAGAUUGAUCUUAAAAAUUAAAAUCAGAUGAACUGCUGGUUUCCUCAUCAGUAAUUCUUGUUAUAAAAUUUAUAUAAAAACAAUAAAUAUAUAUAUGAGAAUGCAAUAAUGUAAGACAAUGCAUUUUAAUCAAGUGAUGUAGUUCACUUCGUGAUGAAAGAAGUAUCUUGUUAUUAUGAUUGAUCAUUGUUUGAUGUAAAAAGUAAAUUUUGCUCAUUUGCUUGCAGUACAGUUGGAAAAAAGGUAAUUGUGUAUAUUGAAUAAAGAUAUAUUAUUCCAUAUCAAAAAACUCUACUCUGUUAUUUACCAAUAUUGGAGGUUAUUUUUGUAUCAAGUUCUUCAAAUACUCAUGUUAAUAAAGAAAUACAUAAUUUGGACGUAAUUUUGCGAUAUAGUAUUCAUAUAAAAGUUGUAACAAGAUACUACUUCAUCCAUAAAGAGAAAACUCAAUCACAAGACUGACUGGCUGUGGGAAUUCUACUAAUGACAACAACACAUUGCUCAAGUUACUCAGAUCUCAUGGCGUCUAUACUUUUGUACUAGUGCACAUGGCAGUUUUGUUCUGUUACACUUUCAGAAAAUGGAAACAAAUAAUUCACUCAUCUGAUGGAAAACUUUAUUAAGCAGUAUCUGUCAUUUGUAAGUGAUGCAAAUUAGGAUCAUUGCUAACACACAACUUUCUGGCAUAGAUUUUUCUCUAUUAUGUAGGUUUUGUAAAUUUAUUGAGUAAGCAUUUAAUGAUUUUUUGGUAUUGGCUUGUUGCUCCUUCCAUCACCCACCUUGUGCUAUAAGAAAAUGAUUGUAUUUGAUAAGGCGGUAUAUAGAGUAUGUUGCAUGUUCUGUUGUCCAUUUGUGUCAUUUUUUUUAAAUAGAAAAAUUGAAUGAAGAGGUUAUUUCUGUUCAAGGUAUGUUGUAGAAUUUUGAUGUUCUUAACACUUGCACAAUGUAAGCGGAUAUGUAAAUUAAUGUCUUCCUGUUAAAACCAUGUACCAUUUCCAAAAUAACAGUGUUAUGUUUGUUUGUGUGUGAAGAAUAAUGUCAAUUUCAUGUACCAAACAAAAUAUACAGAAUAUUCUUUGCAUGUGGUAGUACAUCUGCAAAAGAGUUUUGAAUUUGCAGACUGCUUCAAUUCAACAUGUUAGAGAAACUAUGCAUAUGGUAGCAAUGAUAUAACGGAGUAAUUUCUCUUCUAACAUUUUUGUAGAAUAAAGUAUUUUAUGACUUAAUACACAUCAGGGUAUAGAUGCUAUAAACUGACCUGCUGCUAAACAUAUAAAAUUAUGCAGCAGGAUUAGUUUGUUAGGGGGAUAAGGGGUGGAUACUUAGGUGAGUUAUAAUUGUGAGUGUGUCAGUGAUAAAAUAGAAUGUGAAAAUUAUUAAUACUUUGUAAAUUGUUGAAUGGAGUUAGGUUAUUAUUCCACCAUAACUUCAGUAGGUUCAUUGUUUUCAUCAUUGCAAAAUAUAUUAUGGAAUUCGUUGUUCUAAUUUUGUAUGUGUUAUUCCAUUAAUUUUUUUAUAAGCUGGUCAAAAUUAUGCUUAAAAUUUAGUUGUACUUGCAUGCCUUAAAGUAAUGUGCAAAACAAGUGGGUCAUUCUUUGUUUUACAAUACAAAUUAUUAUUGUGGGAUACUCUUAAGUAGAAUCAUUUGUAGAGAAGGCAAAGUAGUUAAUCAUUUAGUUAGUUUUGACCAAUGUUCUUCUGUAAGGUAUGGUACUGAACUACAACUUCAAGGUUGUGGCAUGUUCCUGAGCUGCACCUAAAAAUUUGAGGACAGCUUGUUGCAAAAUCAGAAGCAGUAGUAAAAACACCAAAGCUUGGUCUGAUAUUAUAUAUGAAGAUGUUUACUUAUAUUCUACAUUCUUUGCUGAAUUAGUAUAAAUUGCAUUAUUUUGAUAAAUUUUAUGCGGUGACACCAGUGAUAUGGUCCCUCACUAAUAAAUCUCUUUUGCAUUAGAUGCCAUAAUUUAGCUGUCUUUUAGAAAGCUUUUCUUGUCACAAAAAUAAGCUGAAUUUAUGAACAAAAUACGUUGUAGAUAAUAAAUUUCUGACAGUGUCUUCACUCAGAAUUUUCUAGAUAUAAAUUGUUUCCUGUCUGACAAUUUGAAGAGUUGGUAUUUAUAAAUCUAGAUGAAAGAUGUGUGAAAAGUUUCACUCGACAUAGUGGUGUAUGUUUGUUGGUUGUUGACUUUUGUUGUAGAUGUAUUCGUAGAACUACCUUUUCAAAGGGAUGAGUCAUUCUAUUGUUGUAUAGUUUUGUAGGUACUUAGUAUAAUCUACUGGUAGCAUAGGUUAUCUGACAGCUUACAUGUCAGACCGUGCAGUUGGAUGUGCCAAAGGAGUUGUUUAUAUUCCUCGUGUCAUUUUCAUAGUUUCACUUAAAUCAGUCAACUCAUUCAGUUUUAAUGACAUGUAAAUCAAUUGCAUAUUAAGUGCUGUAGAUGCAGUGAGCAUGUGAAGGAAAAUCGUUUACUUCAGCAGUUACUUGGUUUAGAGAAUGUCAAAAUGUUGUUUGAUGUAGGUUGUGUUUGAAAAAUUAAAUGAAGUACAGAAUUGUUUUAAUGUUUUAGAUACCACUGGGUCUGAAAGUGGAAUUAUGAAAAACUUAAUUUAAGGUUGACAAUCAAAGCAAGAUGGUGUUGCCCUAAAUUGCUUCUUUUUUUUCUAACACAGCCUACAUAAGGCCUUAGUAAAGUGUAGCCUUCUUGUAACAAACCUCAAACACAAAAUUAGAAAUUAAUUGUGAACCAGUUCAAUCUGCACAAGUUAUCUUAAUUUCCAUAAUAGCUCCCCACCCACUUCCAUCUUCCACCAUGAGUAGUUAAAUUCUAAAUAUAAAUGAAAUAAAUAAAUUAUCACAAUUACUUUGAUCUCAUUUAAUAUGUAGUCAUUUUUGCUCCUGUUUAAAAAGAACUAUUUAGCAAACAAGCUACAGAUUUGUUUUGGUCGUGAAAUAACCAACACACAUUCCUCUUGCUCCCAGGAAGUGAGUACUCAAGAAAAUGUGUGCAGAUAGAACUGCUUUUUAUUUUUGAUCAAUACAAUAAGACUACAGUAAAAACUUCACUAUGCUUCUUACAUGUGUGGUUAUCAUUUAUUAACUGUUUUAUUAAAAAAUUAUACCAUGUUUCAAGCAUUGAGUCAAUAAUACAAGAUUUUCAUAAGACUAGUCCGAUAAUAAUAUAAUGUCUUGAAACCUUAGCUAAUUAUUCUAUGUUUGCUUUUUAUAUUACAUUGUAUAGACAGGCAAGUAGAGCUACACUAAACAAAGGCUAAAUUCUUUGUAGGUAGAUGUGGUCCUGAGGGAUGCUGUCAUUCUGUGUAUUAAAUAGUGAGCAUUUCAUUCUUGUGCCAUCAACAUAAUUCAAUAGCUUGCCAAUUGGAACCAUAUUUAUUCAGGCAACUUUAAAAUACAAUAAUCAUAAAACAUAUAUUCAUUAGAAUUUUUAAAAUGUGUUUAAACAACAUUGUGGUUGUUUUUUAUCAACAGCCAAUUUUUAAUGAAAAUAGGUUUAUCAUACCUUAAGAAGUGCCUAAACGAAUUGAAGUGUCAUAUAUAUCCUGUUUCUUCAAGUAGGAUGUUAAAGAGGUGUGUCUUAGUAUGGUUUUACUGCUGAUAAUCAAAUUUUUAUGAAUAUACAAUUGAAUAUAUACACAUUUAAUAUGACAAAAGUGACCAAAGCUCUCUGUAUACCAAUAUUUAUAAAUGAUCCAUUGGAUUGAGUUGCCAUUUCAAUUGCAAUUGGGCCAAUCGAAAACUUAAUUAUGCUAGAACUUUCUUCUGCUCUAUGGUCAGGAAACAGCGAGCCUUAUAUUUAUUGGUACUCACAAAAAGUUUAUUGGUAAAGAAUUUAAAUCACCAUAAUCAUGGAUCUCAAUAAAAUGACAUGUAUGCUGAAGCAUUUCCAUUAUUGCUCAGUAGAAUGUUACAUCUAUUAAGAAGUUUUCUUUUGCAUUGAAUGUAAUGAUUAAAGAAUUAUAGUGAUUUCCUGGCUUUGUCUCAGAGUAAGAGUUUCCUUGCAUGCUUUUGAUGAGCAAAAUAGCCAGUACUCUUAUUAUCCAUUAUUAUAGAAUUUGUCAGUCAUUUGGUGUUCAAUCUACACUGAAUCUUGUAUAUGUACUUUAUUUCAGUGGAAUAUAUACUUGUUUAAUGUUCUUGAUUGCAUAUUCUCUCUGUUUAAUCGUUGACAUGUGUAAAAGUUCAGCCAAAUUUAUGGCUGUAACUCCACUUAAUCGCAAAUAUUUGACAUUCCUUUCAAGGAAUUUACUAUUAUAUGUAUAUAGAGAAAAGCACAAUGUCAUUGCCAUGUAGGGGUAUUGAUUUUUUGCUAGAUUAUUCAUAUAUUGCCUUUAUUUGUGAAUUUAUUUAUUUACUUUUUAAUUGGAGAGCAUUACAUGAGUUGUGAGUUUUUAUCUUUUACAUUUUCUAGCAUUACAUUGAAUUGUAUCAUUGCCAUUUUCUACCAACGAGUAUUGUUAUUGAUUCAGAAUGUGUUUACAAUUGUUUUGUAUGAUAUUUUGAUUUCAAUAAAAUAAUUUAUGAAUAUUG